GUGAAACUGCCUACUCUAUGCCUGCGUCACUGCUGUGUGUGUGUGUGUGUGUGUGUGCGCGUGUGUCUUCCUCCUCCCAGUAAAAUAGUGCCACAUGACCUGUCAAGUCGGAAGUAGCGAGUCAUCGAGCAGCGGCGCAACGCAACGCAAGGGAGCAGCCAAAUCACCGUCCUCUUAUAUUCGACCUGCUUUUUUACCUCCACGGUGUCGUCUUUCUCGGCUGAGGACGGAAGAUAACAACGCUCGGACAUGUUGUUAAAAGUCCUGUUUUCGGUCGUGGUCCUCGGUCUCAUCGGGGCAUCGACAGCGGCUAACUCAGAUGGAUGUUCUGACUACUCAUGUACUAAGUGUCCCACCGUAGAGUCCUGUGGGUGGCUCAACUGCUCAUCAAAUAUUGGAUGUUACAACACAACGCUCCAGUCAGACAAUAGCACUUGCGCCAAUGCCACCUGUGUGUCACCUACAGUCACUACACCUGCUCCCCCCCACACCUCUGCUGCCUCGCCAACCACUCACAACAGCUCCGUCCUGCCUACCACAGCCAAUGUCCCCACUCCAGCCCCCACAUCAAAGGGCAACAUCACAGCAACACCUUCAUCCCACAACACAACUUCAGUACCCAUCAAACCUUCUCCAGCGCCACAUAAAGACUCAACCUUUGAUGCUGCGAGCUUCAUCGGAGGAAUCGUGCUGGUCCUGGGUCUGCAGGCGGUUAUUUUCUUCCUCUAUAAAUUCUGCAAGUCCAAGGAUCGCAACUACCACACUCUUUGAGCUCCCAAGCCCAACAAGACCCCGUCUGUAGAGUUGUGGCUCCACUCAUCACCAAGGACUCAAACUGCUGUUCCCUGCAAGUUUCCUCGACGCUUCUCUUUCUGCCAUGUAAUGCUUCUGGCCAGAAUUGUACUAAAUACCCAUGAGAACCUGUGUAGACAACACUCACAUUGACAGACUUCUGUAGCUAGAUUAUCCUGCUCUAGAUUGGUCCACCGCCUCUUCAUUCUCCAAAGAGGUCCUUUACAACCUUUGCUCUGUCUCAAGUCUGGCUGUGACAUUUCCUCACUAGGUAACAUCUCUGAAUACAGCUCACGAAUGUGAUGGCAGUAUUGUUUAGGACGCCAUCACUAGUUAUCCUGUACAUCGUGAAAUACCAAACAUCAACAAAUUUCAGUCUGAAAACUAUCUAGUCAGUUGUGGUGAAUUUGUCUGUGUGACAUGAACUUUGACUCCAAGUUGGACAGAGUAGAAACCUACACAAAUGCCAAUUCACGUUGCCCAGUUUUGAUCCUCAGCUCUUAUUGAGAUCAUUUCCCGGCAGAUAAAUGGAUUAGGAAGUAAUAAUUUUUUUCUUUAGUUUAUAUGGAACCUUUUUGGGAUAGCGGCGUAAACAGUGAUAGCUGUCAAGUGCCUUUUCGACGUCCGGGUUUAGAUUUGAGGAUUUUGAUUGUUUUCUCGCUCGUAGAAAGGUAGCAUCCCAGCUGGACUGAAGAUUGUUGAAGAAAACAAGCGAUAGAAGUCUAUGAAGAUUUGAUGGUGCGUUCUAGAUUUCAGUGUACAUACUCGCCUCACCUCACUGUUUGCUUUGAUGGGGACGUCCGCUUCUGUCCUCACCUUGGUUUUUCCAACCACGUUCUUGAGUGACUCAAAGAGCUAGUUGAAUUGUUGACAACCCGAUUCUCACUGAAACCAGUUCAGCAUGCGGCCUUUGCAUAGCUUUGUAAAUAUUCCUCAGUUUUAUAGGAGACAUUUGAGCCAAUCUAGUUGUGCCACAGAGCGUUUCCUGAUUAGUAACUGAGCAUGAAUGAGAGUUUAGAGUGCCACCGCUGAACGUGAAUGUUUGGUUGGGGUUCGCACAAAAACGUGGCAGUUGAUCAGUAUGGUUGCAAUGGAGUGUAUAUGAGAGUAAGUCUGGUGGUUCAGUUGAUACAGGGGGCGGCGUUCAUUGCAGCAGCAUGUUGGACUGGCUAUUUAGACAUAAACCGGCUUGACUCAACUUUGUUUGGCAACUACUGGCCAACAUGUUUUUGUGACAGAACCACCGUGUUGCCGCCGCACACACGCGCGCCUCUGGGAGUGUGUAACCAGCUUGUGUCCUGCUAGCUUGCUGCUACUUUUGAAUUGUCUUUUUCUCCUUUAUGGAGAUCAUUUAUAAUUGUUUUUUUUCUGCAUUUUACCUUUGAAAAGGCUAAAUGAAGGAAUCUUGAUGCUUGUUUUCAUAAUUGCAUGAUGGAUGUGUGAAGCCUAACAGUCUAGUUAUCUAAAGAAACCACUUGAUUGUUUGCGAUUCCUCCAUGUGGCAUGGGAAUCAAAGAGAUCUCUUAUGUAAAUGUCUCAGCCCAAUCCGAGCUUGUUUAUUGUCAGCUUGCACGAUGACAAGAUUUGAAGCUUCUGCUGCUCACCGCCAACACGCCUUCUUUGGUUAGGCUACAGCCCAAAGACCCAGCUGCUGCACGUCCACGUCUGCGCCCUCGCCUCUUCACCUCAACAUUUGCUCACAGUUGUCGGCACAAGUGUCGAAUCCCGCCAGCCACAUUCCUCGACAUCGCGCUGCCGACUUUAUGUCAUAACAUCAACUGUCCCUAUAGAUUCCAGGAUUGAUGUUGGUUGUCUCAUCCCUGAAAAAAGUGCCUUAUUUAGUUUCUAUACUCUUCCAUUGAACACAUGUUAACAACGCUUAUGGUCCCACCUCACUAUGAUGCUUGGCUCCUCUCAUCGCUCAAGCUUUCCGUGGCCUACACUUCCCUCAGGCGAUUGUUUCAUUGGAAUACCUCCGACUCAGAGGCACGAUUGAAUUACAGGUCAGCUGUUUCAGUGGCACAGACGACUCAUGUUCUCCGCUUCAAUCGGCCUUUGUAACAAAUGCAUGUUUAAGUUUCAAUUUGUUCUUUUGAUUCUUCAUCCGCACAUGCGCUUGUUGGGCUAGUAGGUAACAUUGUUGGCUUGGCUCUCCCUCACCCAUCACACCACUGCCUUCUGAAAUGUCUCAUCGUUCUGACUUUUUUUUUUCUUUUCUUCCCGGCGUUGCAUUCAGUUUCCCAAAAAAACAAUAAAGUUUAAAUAUUGUU